UGGGCAAAUUUUAAAUACUUAUAACCUCAAAUAUUUUGUUGGAAUUAAAAUUCCGGCAUUGAAAAUGUUUUUUAGUUUACUACACAAGGAAUCAGUAAUCGGAAAAGGUUUAGUGUAGCACCAUUUUUAUAAAUAAUCUUAAUUGAUAAUAAUGUAUUUUUAAUUCAUCAAGUACUAAUUAUAGUUAUAUAUUAAUUGAACAAAGCUUAGAAGUUACUUUGUUAGUCAACCAUUUAUGACAAAGAUAGCUGAUCUUGAUUGACAAGAUAUAAUGUACAAAUCUGACAUGCAACACGUAGACUACCUUUUGCCAACUUCUUUUAAAUCCUCGCGACAUUUUCGAAACCGUAAAAAAUCCGAGAAAUUCGGUUAUUCAAUUAACGUUGCUGUCAAAAAAUUGUUUAAAAAACAAGUUGAAAUAAAAAAUGAUCACUAUGAACUACCGAGCUCUGAUACUAUGUUCACUGAAAGUGCUUGGAGUAUAGAAGACUUACAACUAUUGAAAAAAAAUUUAAACGAAAUAAAAAACACUCUAAGCGAUUACAACCCAACUGAAUGGAGAAAUCAUACGAGAAAUACAAAUAUUGCGGAAGGUAUCAAAUGGAGGUUGAAAAGAGAUGUUAAUCCUGAAUUUCUCACUCAAGCAUGGUGUAAGUUUUAUGAAAUAGCUUCCAAUUUUCCAUUGAUACCAGAAGAAACCAUUCAUAAGAAACAACUCAAAACUAUUCACUUAUGUGAAGCACCAGGAGCUUUCGUAACAUCACUUAAUCAUUGGCUGAAAAUUAACAUGCCAUUUGUUGAUUGGAACUGGAGAGCAACCACUUUGAAUCCUUAUUAUGAAGGAAAUUCUUUGUCUGCGAUGCUUUGUGAUGAUCGUUUCAUUUUUCACACUAUGGACCAUUGGUAUUUUGGAGCUGAUAAUACUGGAAACAUAAUGGAUUUGAAAAAUUUAGAUUUACUUAUUGAACUUGAAAAAAAUGAUAAUGAUAAUGUAAUGCUUAUUACCGCUGAUGGUAGUGUUGAUUGUAUGGACAGACCGGGUGAACAAGAGACUACUGUGUCGCACUUACAAUUCUGUGAAGCAGUGACAGCACUUCAUUUAUUAAGUACGAAUGCUAAUUUUCUUUUAAAAAUAUUCACAACUUUUGAGCAUUCAACAAUAUGUUUAAUAUAUUUUUUGACAUGUUGUUUUGACAAAAUCAUUAUGAAAAAACCAGCUACCAGUAAAGCGGGAAAUUCAGAAAUUUAUUUAAUUUGUUUAAAUUUUAAAGGACGUGAUACCAUUCAACCAUAUUUAAAUAUUUUCAGGAAAUAUUAUGAAAAUGGUACGACGCUAUCGAUGUUUAGAAAAAAAGAUAUUCCUCAUUCAUUCAUUACGCAAAUUGUUGAAUAUGCUAACUAUUUUAAAUCUUUUCAAUGUGAUGAAAUAUUGAAUAACAUAAAAACAUUUAAAUCUACUGAAGAUGAUUUUCUUUAUUUGAGGCGAAUAAAAAAAGCAGUUGCUAAUUAUUACAUUCGCAAUUAUAAACUGAAAAAACUGCCUCACGAUAAUAUGGGAAUUGUCGGUGCGACGAUUUUAAAUCAAUGUUAUUCAACUUUAAAUAACAAAUCAUUUUAUGACUCCUAUAACCAAAGACAAAAACAAAUUCAUAUGACAACACUUGAACGUUUGUCGAUUCUCAAUGAAGAAGUUUGUAUCAAUACCAUCAACAAUGUUUAUACGUUCCAAUAUACCGAUGAAUGUGAAGAACUUAAAAUAUCUGUGGGAGCAGCAUACUUGAAAAGUCGAAAUUCGAAGUUUUGUGAAUCACAAAUAUUCAAAAUUUAUGAUUCGGUGAUAGAAAUUAUGAAUACACUUGAACUUGAAUGGUUUUACCCUGAUAAAAAAUCUGCAAUGACUUUCAUAACAAACAAUAAAAUUAUAAAUUAUUUAUCUUUUCAAUACGAUUUGGAAUUUCAUAACUAUAACACAGCAAAAAAGGUUUAUGACAUGAUAAUAAGACUUAAAGAACAUGAAACUCUUGUUCUUAUUGGAUAUUCUCUAUUAACUCAAUUUAAUGUUGGCAUACUUUAUUUAUUAAGUCAUACAUUUGAACAUGUCACUAUGGAAUUAAUUAGUGAUUUAGGGUGCAUUAUAAGACUUGAAAAUUAUUGUGUUAAGAAUCAGACAAUCAAUAAGUUGAAAGAUAUUUUACAAGCCUUUAAUAUAGCAGAAAAUAAUGGCCAAGAUAUUAUAUCUGUAGUACCUAUAACUACGUUAUGCGUUAAUAAAAUCUAUCAAAUGAUCAUUGAUAUUAAUCAUUUAAUCAUCAAGAACUUCAUCAUUUACAUAAGAAGACUGAUCAUUGAAACAAAAUAAAUCAUCUGAACGACAUACACAAGAUGUCACCUUACAAAUGAGAUUGUCACAUUUCUUGCAAAUCAAUAAAAAAAUCUACCAAGAGGUCAUAAUGCUUAUAAAUGAUAUUUUUGGUACUUUGACUGCUUACAAGUUUUUAAUAUAGAUGGAAUUUGUUUUAUCAACAAACGAAAAUCAGUGAAAUUUAUCAAGUUGAAUAAUUUUGAAUCUAUUCUGUAAAUCAUUAAUUCUUGGAAUCAGCAUACUCAAACUUUAUGUAUUUUAUAAAUUAAGAAUAAAUAA